UGAGUUUCACGUUGAGUAUGGGCCAACGGCAUCACUGCGCUGCCUGUUUUCAUCUUCGCAGGUGUCAAGUUAUGCAUCAUUGUUUUUAGACUCCUCGAUCCUUUCCUUUGCCAUAAUCCACUCUCCCGGAGAGAAUGGAAAAGAGCGAUCAAGACUGGACCGAGGGGACAACUAACUACGAUGGGUCUAUAGCCAAACGACGAUCCAAGAGAGCUGUCACCAAGAAGCAUUCGAUCUCGCAGUACGCGGUCCAUGCUACCGGUAGCUCUUCGACGCCGCGAAACCGUGCCACUGGAGCAUCCAGAAAGCGUUCCAGCUCCAAGAAGCAUUCCUUUUCUCGAGUGACUCCGACCAAGGCAGCGUCCUCGAAGGCUGUAACGUUCAGCAAGCAUCAUGUCUCUGCUCUCGACGACCCGUGUAGCCUCCCGACGUCGAAGGGCAGCACAUCUGCUUCGUCGACGCUAGGCCUUCGAAAUAUGAGUGUCAAGAUCUGUGAGAAGGUGCAAUCCAGAGGGAAGGUGACGUGCAAUGAAUUGGCUGAUGAGCUGCUACAAAUCGUCCAAACGGAGCAAGGAUCACAGGGCGACGACAGGGUCUGCGACGACAAGAAUCUACGUAGGCGUCUCUAUGACGCGUUGAAUGUCCUGGAAGCAGUAGAUGUCAUUGAAAAGGAAAACAAAGAUAUCACUUGGAAAGGAAUGCCGGAUGGACAUGACGACAGCGAGUUGCAGCGGCUAGUUGCGGAACACGACAAGAGUAUAAAUGGGAUCCAUCAGAAGGAAGACGAACUACGCGAGAAGCUCGUGCAGUACAUUGCGAAUCGCAACCUGGUCCGAUCCAACAAGCAAAGGGCCGCACUUGGGCUCUCCGCCAAGAAGGUUGCCUUUCCGUUUGUCGUUCUGAACGCCCACCCUUACGCCGAGGUGCAAUGCGAUGCAAGUUGCGAUCUCACCGAUUUGAUGAUUGAUGUGAACGCCCCAUUUGCUCUGCACGAUGACAACUCGGUUCUCCGCCACAUGGGAUUUGAUCAGACGACAACAUUUGACUUGGAGGAGUUGAUUCCAAACGACAUGCUAGACUUUAGCAUGAAGCAAGGCCUGUUGCGUGGCAUUGUGCAACAAGAAGCUGCCUCCCGGAAGCGAUGCUGCAAGAUUGCCUUGCCAACGGAAAGCUGGGCCCAACCAAGGCCUAACAAACGGUUCAAGGCUGCGCAACAAGGGCACUACUAGCCGGCUGGCUACCUAGGCACGAUGACCAUGGAUACGGAGCUACCAAACAUGCUCUAUUGAAGAGAGAGUUUUCAUGGACCAGGAGAGCGUGCAACAACGAGAACAAAAGAAAAGUUGGAGCGAAACCGUGCUCUUUGUCAGAGAGUGAGAAACCUAUACAGCGUCGAAGAUGCUGUGAUCAACAUCUUGAUGCUUGAUUUGAUGAGUUCCACGUCGUGAAAUGAAUGUGAUUUAUUCAUGUUUUAACGAGAACGUGGAGGAAUAAAGAAUACCACAAAUCAAGUAUCCUAAGAUGAUCUUUACCCAUGCU